AUGCUCGGCAUCCCUCUGCAUGAAGUACCUGUCGGACAUGGCUACGUGCACCCGACCUGCGGCGCGCAAACAUCCUGGUCAACGCAACCUCAUGUGCAAGUCUCCGACUUCCUGUCACGUCUGAGGACACCCGAAGCUGCCUACACCACAAGUGGUGGAAAGAUCCCCAUCAGGUGGACUGCUCCUGAAGCCAUCGCUUACCGCAAGUUCUCCUCAGCCAGCGACGCCUGGAGUUACGGAAUUGUCAUGUGGGAGGUGAUGUCCUACGGAGAGAGGCCAUACUGGGAGAUGUCCAACCAGGAUGUUAUACUGUCCAUUGAAGAGGGCUACAGGCUUCCAGCUCCCAUGGGCUGCCCAGCUUCUCUUCACCAGCUCAUGCUUCACUGCUGGCAGAAGGAGAGGAACCACCGUCCCAAAUUCAGUGACAUUGUCAGCUUCCUGGACAAGCUGAUCCGCAACCCCAGCACCCUUCACACCCUAGUGGAGGAUGUCCUUGUAAUGCCAGAUUCACCUGGUGAAGUUCCAGAAUAUCCUUUGUUUGUUUCAGUCAGUGACUGGCUGGAUUCCAUAAAAAUGGGUCAGUAUAAAAAUAACUUCAUGGCAGCAGGUUUCACAACUUUGGAUAUGGUUUCAAGAAUGAAUAUUGAUGACAUUAGAAGAAUUGGAGUUGCACUCAUUGGACACCAGAGACGAAUAGUCAGCAGUUUACAGACUUUGCGGUUACACAUGAUGCACAUACAGGAGAAAGGAUUUCAUGUAUGAAAGUAAUAGAAGCAACUGUGUUUUGUGCCUCAGCAUUUCUAAAAUGAAAACAUAUUCUCAUUCUUCCCUCCUGCUCUUCCCAACUUCAAGAACUGCAGUCUCCAGUUCAGACUAUACAAGUACUUCUAUGUUAAUGCUUCCAAACCGGAAUUUUUAAUCACACUGCACAGCUCCUCCACCAGUUCUCUGCCGAUAAAAUCCUGGCCUACUGCAAGACUCGUGCUACACAUUGAUGAAUAACUCAGCAUGGAUGUGUAACUUUGUAUAACAGUAUUUGGGAAACUUUCAUGGACUUACUUGAAAGUAGUAAUCUAUUUGGCCUGGUGUGGCUUCUUUCUCAAUGUAUUUAGAAUUUGCUGGUAGAUCAAAAAGUAUUUGACUCCUUUCAUGUUCUGUGACCAUGUAACUUCCAACACCAAAUGUGCAAUCAAAAAGAAGUUUAACAUAAAUAUUUAUUUUAUCUCUUAAUUAAAUCCAAAUGUAUGUGUCCUAUCAUUAUAUUACUUUCUAAUAGUUUGAAUUCUGGUAAGCUGGUGCCUCAAAACAUUAAGUAUUGUUUGCAGAAAUGACUGAUGAUUUUAUAUAGUGAGUUUUCAUUGUGUGAAUAAUUGGAAGCAUAGUGAGAGUAAUCUGUUUGAAAUCUUAAGGAAGGUUCUUGAUUUUCAAUUACUUUAGCACUCGACACUUUUUAUGCUUUAAAUUUUAGGUUAGGUUGGAAAACUUGUUUAUCCUUGGGAUUCCUCACCACCCGACAACCCUUUUUUUUUUUUUUAAUGUAAUACUCAGCAUUUGCUUCUACUACUGGAAAACUGGUUGUAGUGUUCUCAUGACCACAUGUAAGACACGGUUGUCAGCUCUGUUGCAGACACACAGAUUUCAGAAGAGCUUUGUGUUUCAAACAUGCAGGUCUCUCUUGUUGGAUAGAGAAUCACCUCCAGCAGCAGAGCUCAGAGGGCCAGCCAUGGGUGGGGUGAUGGGAUCAUUCCCAUAGGAGCAGGCCAGCCAUAUCCUCCUCCAGCUGAGGGCAGCGGUACAGCCCCACUGCUGCUGGAAGUUACAGGCUGCAGGAUGCAGUAAUCUUGCACAAAGGCAGAAAAGAAGAUGCAGGACAGCAGUGUGGUAACAUGUUGCCUUGAGCCUACUUCUAACUGCUUUUAGAAGUUAAAAAGCAAACUCUGCUGAAAUGGAGCUCUGGUUAUUCCAGGCCAGAUCUUCAUUUAGUACAGAUCUCUAAAGGACAUCCAAGGUAUUACCUUUAGAGCCCUUCAAUAGCCAUAUUUACAUGCAAGAAAACGUCAGCAAAGGCCUAACAUGAUAUUUGUACCUCUCUAAGACUUCCCGCUUCCAUGUUUUGUUCAGACAACUGACACAGACAUGCUGGGCUACAUUUCCAAACUUUUGCAUGGGAUAUGCACUCCUGGGAGCAGGGGCAGGACCGCAUGGCCGUGUGCUGUGGGAACCCCACGCAGAUCUACAAUGCAUGUCACAUGUAAUGCUGUGCAGAUGCUUCUCUUCAUUCCUGUGUCCUUUGGAGGGGAUAUUUGAGUUCCCUGGCAUUCCAAUGUACUCAAGCACUGCAGUUCUUUUGUUAAAACGUGCAUUUGGGUAAUUAGUAUAAUCUAUGUGUAUAUCAAAAGGAACUAACUACUUUGUGUAAUCAUAAUGGUAUUUACUGCUUCAUUUACAGCUUGUAAAUCACAAGGUAUUUCCUAAGUCUUGGAAAAGGCUGCCAUUGUAUAUCAGUGACAAAGAAUGAAAAUCAGAAAGCAACUCAGAAAAGAUUAUGCUUCCAACCAGAUCACAGAGUAAGACACACGAGGCCUGAUUCACUGUUGUCACUUUAUGUUGGAAUAAUUGCAUUAAUUUAGAUGAGAUAAUAAUAACACACUAAGUAAUUUUUUCUUUCUUUCAUUAAAAAAAAAAAAAAGGGGGCAGAUGUAACAGAAGGACAAAUUUUCUAAAGAUCAAGAGUCAGUGUUGUUCUACAAUGCCAAUUUGAUGAGCUUGUUUAAAGAAGGGCAGCUUCAAUCUUACUGUAGCUCCAAAGGUAAUUUUAUCAACAAGAGUAUUCCCACUGAAGUCAUCAGUCUGGCACAAGGACAUGAGUUUUGCAGAAUCACAGCCCUUCAGUGGGGAAAAAGUCAUUUGUUCUUUUCUGUGACUGUCACUUGAAAAAUUCUGCCUGAAUUCCAUAUUUGUAUAAUUUUUUGGUAGAGGUGCUCUUACAGAAAGAAAACUAUACCUACCUGAAGCCUUUCUAAAAAUAUUAACACACCACAGAGUAAUUUAAAAGUGGAUUUUGCUUCAUCAUUUUAUUAUCCAUUUUGCCUAUCAUUGCUUCCAUGGCCAACAACAGGACAUCUGUGGUAUGAGCCUUUCUCACUAUUAAAUUACUGAGGAGGUAUGAGUCUGUUAUUUGUUAAUGGGGUUUCAAAGUCCUUCAUAGCUCACCCAAACCAUGUAUGUGCACUUUUAGAUUGUCUUUUGCCAUUUUUUUCAUUCCUGGUAGUGAGGAUGCAGAAUUGACAUAGUUAUAUGCACACAACCUGGAUUUAUAGUUCAUUAUAUUUAAUGAAAAUUAAUUUCUAAAUUUAUCAUACUACUGAGAAUAUUUUUUCAAUAGAAAAAAUAUAAAAAAGUAAAACAUUUAUUAAUCGGAUAUAUUUUUUAUAUGAACAAGAAUUUGGGUGACCAGAAGGGAAAGAACAAGGGAUUCUUUGAGUAAGCACAUUUGUUAAUAACAUUGUAAAUCCAGGAUUUUGUGGCUUUGCACAGCUUGUUUUUCUGUUGCUGUUGUGGUGCAGUAUGAAAUUUAUAUAUGAAAUUUACAUUUUCCCCAUUUUUGAAAUGUUUUAUUUGCUCUUGUGCUGAUUCUUAGUCUAUUCUUGCUUUAGUUUAGGGAUUUUUUCAUAUUUUUUAAAUUUAAAAACAAAACAAAAAAACAACCCUAACAGGUAUUAUUUUUUAAAUAAUUUUUCAAAUGUGAGCUUAAUUCUGCACAGGCCACAAAUGUAUAUGUGAAAUUAGAGUAAACUUCUUUGUUACAGGAAAUUCUUUCUUCAGGAGAAAAUUAGCUCUAAUUAUCCUGCAUACUGCAGUGGGCAGCUGGAGUUUAAAUUUGAUAAAUUAAAACAAAUUUAGUAGGCUGAUUUUGAGAAUCUGGCCCACAUUGCAGAGUGCUUUAUGACUAAAAGUAUCCAUUGAAAGUUCAUAUGUUAUUUGUGCAACAUGCAAGCAAAAAAAAAAAAAAGGUGUUAUAAUGUGGAUGUCAUAAAGAAAUAAUUCUUACCUGUUUCUCUGCAUUCAGUGAUAGCUCAUCCAUUCAAGUAUCUGUGCUUGGUCAGAUGAAUUUCAUGCCUUAAUUGCAUCCAGUCGUUUUGCUGAACCUGUAAAACAGAGGAGGUCUUGUUCAUGAUGUUCAUGGUGUUAAAACUGAACAAGGCACAGCAGAAAUUUUAGCAGAAUUUACUCAUUAUGUGUUUGCACAUUGGAAUGACUGAGAAACAACAGGAAGCCAUGAGGUGAAAGGAAGAGAAUUGAGCCACAUCAUUUAAAUUUUUCUCAAAAAAAAUUUACCCUUUUUUGUUUCCUGUGAACUUAAGUCCAUUGUCUGUCCAAUAAAAGCUUAGAAACAUGCCAUGCUUCAGGACAUCAGACAGCAUAAAGCAAUCCUUUAUUUGCAAAUAGCGCACUCAACAAUAAAUUCAAAUAAAUUAGUUGUUAUGGCCAAACAUUCUGUGUCCAAUAUUGUAUUAGGUAUUAUUUGGAUUAUUCUGACACAGAACUCAUAGACUGCAGUACUUUGAUUUUUACAUCACUUAAGACUGACUAUCCACUUGCCAUUUUUCAUAUGAGCCUAACACAGGGCUUCAUUAAUUUCUUUUUUCAGUGCAGAUUCCUACAGGAUCUAAAGAUGGGUCAUAAAUAACAAGCAGACCCCCUUUAUCCAGAAUCAUUUGAGAUUCAUCAUGAGGAAUAGCUGGGACUGUGGAGGUGCCUAGUGAGACUGCAUUACCCACAGCAAUUUCCAUAUCAGAAUGACCCCAUGGGACCACAUCAACCACCAAGGUAAAACAGCACAGAACAUUCUUGACCUUGUAUUGAAGAGCAGGUCCUCUUUUCCAGCUGGCCCUGUUGUAAACUGCAGCAUUUAUUGAACUGUUUUACCUCAGCUGAUGGAAUGGUUCUAUGGGACACAUUUUGGCAGCUCAGAAUUCUCUUAAGAACACAGGGUACCUGUAACUACCUGUCAUGGGUUCACUCUGUCUUGGAAUAUUCCUUCAGAGAGUGAAAAGCAGGACUUGCCUCUAAUCCAGUCCAACAUUUUUUCAGUUAAAAUCAUAAUAAAAAGUCUGUCUUCCAUUGCAUCUUUCAGGAAAAGUACAAAAAAUAGAGACACUUGCAGCAUUUGCACAUGGAUGAAGAACGCUGUAUUCCGUUAAAUAGUUUUCUUCCAGAAUACCCUUGUUCACCAAUUGUAAUGAAUCUUUCCUAAAUAAAUUGCAAAGAUAAUUUCUUUUUUAUAAUAGUACUAUAAUUAUUUUUGAGAGUGAAGGAAAGAUGCGUUGGGUUGGGCUAACUCUUAGGAGGACGAUGACCUUGAAAUCUCCUGGGGAGACAAAUGAAUCAGCUCUGAAAAGUAAAAAAAAAAAACUUUACAAUAAGAUAAAAAGGGAAGAACUGUUCAUACUGUGCCAAGGAGCUCAAAAAAACCCCAAGAGUUGCAUAAGAUAGUGCCAGGUACUUACAGCUGACAAAAUUUUCCACCAUCACAUCCUGUAUUUAGUAGUGCACACUGCCCCACGAGUGUUGUAUAUAAUUCCUCAGAUCAUGGACCAAGAUAUGGUGAACAUGUUAUAGUUCAAAUAUUUGUCUAUAUGUACAUAAAGAAUUGUAAAUAGGAUGUAUAUCAUAAUAUCAGAUUUUUCAAACCUACAGAAUUAAUUACCUAUUACCAACAACACUAACAGGGUUUAUUUGCUCCAUUUGCUUUUAAAAGUUUUAGUGGCAUGCACUGUGUGUGUAUAGUUCUUCCCACUGUGUGUAUAUAAUUCCUUGGCUUGUUAGCUGGAAAUGGACAGCCUCUCUUUUCCUCCACUGGCAGGAAAAACAUUUUCAAACUAGCUCAGAGAAAGCUGCCUGCUCACCCUUCUGCUGCCACCUCACCCAACCCCUUCCUGCUAAUUCUCUUCAACUCAGCUGAUUACUGUAGAAAUUAGUGAUCUCAAAGAGGAAGCAAGGUGCCCAUGAGCCAGCAGAACUAGGAAGUUGGAGUCCAUGCUAUAAAGAGUUUUCAGUUCAUCUGCCGAAAUCACCAAAGAUGUUUACAGAAUGUAUAAAUUAUUUUCUUUUAAAUGACCAUUUAUAGACACCUAGGAGGUUAAAAUGAGAAAAAUUUUCAAGGGUGUAUGAGUAGGGAUAUGCCAACAUAUAGCAUAAAAAGAUAAGCUGACUUUUAGAAGGGAAAAACAACAACAGUUGAUGAAAACCUAAGGUUAAAAAUAGAUUAAAGUAUAUUUCCAUAUUUUAUAUGUGAAAUAAGGUGAUACCAGUUCAGUGGAAUUUAUUUAUGUGUAUAUUUCUUUAAAUAUCCUGCAUGAGUUAAUCUUACUUACCUUUUGUGCAAGAGAUUUCACAAGUACCUAUCUCUUCCAGAAAGUUUAGCAUAUUAUCUUAUCUUUUCAUACCUGAAUAAUUAAACUGGAAUAAAAAAUGCAAGUUCUGACAGUGAAGAUAUGGGGGGAACAAUAGAAUUAAAAAAUCUGUCUCAAAGUAAUUUAAAGUUUUCACAUCUGUUCUACUUUGUUUCUGUCCAAAAUUUUUACCUGUAUCUAUCUGAGAACUUUGACUAGUUCUGCACACAUCUCAGUGCCACCUCAGAAACUCCUGAAUCUGUAAACAGUUCUGAGUUUGUGCAGCUUAAUUCAUAUAAAAAGGCUGAUUUGAAAUGGGAUUUAUAUAAGACUAGAGUUCGGCAUAAUCAAAAAUCAAAAUCCCUAUAAAGUAUCUGUCAGACAACAUGAGAUAAGAUAUUUUGCCUUAUUAUACUAACACCUCUUAAUUUCUGACAAUUGAGUGAAGAACUGGUCAGCAGCAGCAUGUAUGUUGAGUGGUAGGUAAACCAAAACCCUGACACUGAAAACCCACAAUUCAAAGAGAAAUCCAGGUCUCUGCAUUCUGAACUAUGGGAUAUCAAGAGACUGGAGAAAGUAACCUUGAAUCUAGAAUCUGGAAAAUCAGGUUUGGGAGAAAGCUGCUUUGGAACACAAAUUUUCCUUUCUGGUUGUGGGUCAUGGAAAAGUGCCCAAUGAAACAGUCUAGGGACUAUUUUCAUAGUAUCAUCACCACCUAAUGUUCUGAGUGAUAAGAAGGAAAAAAACCCACCCUAUUUUCUGACCUUUCAGGUUCUAGCCCAGGACAAAAAAAAACAAGUACAGAUAUCAUAAUUUAUAUUAGAAAGUCCAGUGGACCAAAUUCUGAAUGACUAAUAGUUUUUAUAUCUACAUACUGAGCUUAUAACUACAUACUUUCUUGAGAGGAACCUAAAUAAAUAAUAAAACAUAGAAAUCGCCCAUUAACAUUGUCUUAGAAACCAAGUUUUCAGUUUUCUCUCAUUCAGAUUGGUCUUUAACUGAAAAUUAUUAAUAGGAAAAAGGAAAAGCAUAAUAGAAUUAUUAUUUUUUUCCUUUAAGAAGCUGGAUGCUCUGAGCUGUAUAAAUUACCAUCACAGUCUCUUUGUGUAAAAUAGGAUUAGCUGAAAAAGACAAAGUGCAGCCAAUGUUCCAAAUCUGUAGAUUAUUUGUUACUAAUUGUCAAUUUGGGAAGUUCAAUUUUUGACUUGGGCGAGUUCUGCUCUACCACACCCAGUACUUCCAAAUCCUGCUGAAUUAUUUUAAUGAACAUCUCGAUUAAUUCCUGGGAGAGUGAGGUGACUGUGAGAAAUUAAAAGUUUCUGUGUCAACAGGCAAUAAUCUUGCUGUGAUCUAAAAUAAUGAGAGUUGGUUACUGACUUCCAUGGCAGUGGGAUAACCCAAUGUCCAUAUAUUCUGUAGGUAGGCUCCAGCUCUGCAAACAGACUCUCCUUUCCUGCACCCCAGUACUGUCAUGGGUAAUUUCUUGUUAGAGAACCAACAUUUAUUGGGACACUAGCUGUCUUGUCAUUCAGAUGGAUUGCUAAAAGUUUUUGCUGGUUUUAAUUUUAAUUGUUCUGUUGAAGUGUUUCAGGUUGAGAUGUAGGUUGGUCCCUCAGGGCAUGAUCUUAUGUAUCCAUAAGAAAUCAAGUGAAUGAAACAGGUUUUGAAUCAAAGGUUUCUACAGAUUUUCCUGGAAGAGAUGAUCUCAUUUAAUGGGGAGAAGAGAGUGCACUGAGCCUAAAAGAAAAGGUUGCUACCUCAGGGAUGUGAUCAAGUAAGCUGUGGUUACCUUCAACAUGGAAAAGGUAAAAUGCAAGGUACAAAAGUUGGGUGCUACAGUGCUUGUUAUUUUCUCUGGAAUGGAUGGUCAACUCUGACUUUGUAAUUAGUUACCUAAAUGACCUACAUGUCUAAUAGGGUAUCUAGCAGAAAUGGUCUGGCUUUGUGGAGCUUUUUUCCCCUGAUAAUUUCCCAAACUCCUGGAUUUAAAUUCAGGAUGAAACCACCAGCCCCGUAAAACAAACAAAACCUCCAAAGCAAAUAGGAAUUUUCUAUCUUUCUUCUUUCCUAAACAUAAAUCAGGAUGCAAUAUGAUCUCCCUUUCAAAAUACAAGUGCUGGCUGAUGAUUUGUCUCUUUGAACAAGCUGCUUCGUACUCCUGGUGCACUGCAGUCUAAGUUUUCAGAUUUGCCAGUUAAUGAAUGGCACAAUAGCAAAUAAAAUAACAAAUGCCCUCUUAGUUGGUUCCAUUUAUUGGAUUCUUUUACUAUUUCUCUAUCUGAAGAAAACCAUCCCACUCCAAGAUUCCUAAUAAGGAAACCUGUGAGCAUUUUACAGCUUGUUGGCCAUGAUUCCCUAUUUGCCUCUGUCCAAGAAACAGUGAGCUUUGAAUUGGCAGUGUAGUGUUUUUACUACCACUUCUUCUGCAGCAAUUUCUUCUCUCAACUCUUCUAAGUUAGGUUGAGAGGUCUAUUUCACACUAAAAGUGGAAAAAGUUGUUUCUUUGUUAACUCUGGUGACGGGAUUCAGUGUUUGUUGCUCUUACCCAGAGCCUUCCAUCUGCUUCUGUUGAGGCCAAUAUCAACAUUCUCUGGUGGUAUCAGUUACAUCACAUGCAGCGCUGCCGUGACUGAACACCCAGAGAUAUAAAAAGGGCUCAUUCUUCUCUGGUGUGGUUUAAAUCCUACUGACUUCGGGAACUUCUCUGCACUUCUCAGGAUUGCGCCUGCAAUUUAGCAAGAAAAAAAAAAAUCUUUAAAAGAUCAUGUGAAACCCUGUUUACUGAGAGGCAAUAGUUUAUUUUAUAGCAAAGCAACAUUCAUUGAUCUAGUUGGAAUUAACAGUUUUCAUUUUGUCAUCACUUUUUAAAGAAAAACCACUUUGACUUUCAGAAAAAAAAAAAUACAAAAAUAAUAUUUUGCUACCUUCCAAACAUUAGCUUUGGUUUACUUUUGGAAGAUAAUGUGGUUGGUAUGUUUUUUCAGGAUAGCCUCUAUCUAUUUCUGUGUGUUGGUUUUAAAUGUAUCUGAAUUAAAAGGGGUUUUAAUCUCUGUCUCUUCUGUGAAAUUAGAUUGUACAAAACUAAAUAUGACUGCUCUUCAUAGUUUGCUGUUCUAGCAUAGCCAUAAAAUGUAUCAAUGUAUGUGUAUAUAUGAAUAAAUAUUUGAUGACAGACACUUUAGAUUAUAUAUUUAAGCAGCCAUGUCAAAACUUCAGAGGUAGAUGGCUUCAAAAGCAAUGGUAUAAUCAUAAUACUUGCAAAUUAUUUUACAAAAUCAAACCAUGGCCUCAGCGCAGAUCUCAUAUCCUUACCAGUAGUCUGAAACCCACCUUUUCUUUAAAGACCCCUGCUAAGGUUUGUUUUGCCAUUGCUUCUUUAACCAAGACGUAUCUGAAUAAUGACAACUGCCCGUGGCUCAGUCUGCAGCACUCAUCUCCCGGCAGAGCCGCCCUGGUGCUGCAGGACCAGCGGCUCUGGGCUCUGCCUCCAUCGGUCUGAGCCGUGCGGCUCUGGAGCCGCUGCUCCUGGGGGAUGGACACUGCACAGCCAGUGUCAGUGCUUCCCCCUGGGACUGCCUCACUCCCCAAAAUUCCUUUUCUUCACCUCAUACAUCUCCCACACAAUUCCCACUGCAUUUUCUUUUUGCCUGUUUAUAAUGGUACUGUAGGAAUAUCCGUGGAAUAAAAAGCUUACCCUACUGAUUUGCAGUCCCAAGGGGAAUUUACAUUAGACGUGAAGUUGUUAUUAUUUACUGAAAAGUGGCGUUAUCUUCUUUUCUUUAUUAUUAUGAUUCUAUUCCUAUGAUACUAUGAUGUUUCAUGUAAAUUUUCAUGUGCUGGCAUGCCUACAAGUUAAUAGUGUAAUAGAAUGCUCAGCUCUCAACAUUAGAGUGUUUUUAAGGUGAAUUGCAUCACAUAUGCCAUCUCUUUGCAGAAAGAAUAUGGGGUUUGGCAAAACUACCUGCUGAGCAACAUAAUGAGAUUUUUGUACAAAGUACAAGUUAUUGAUUAUUAUUGUAUUUUAUUUUUCUAUGAUUUCCUAAGAGGCAUUAUCAGGUCUUACAGAUGGGGUAAGCCUGUUUAUUAAGAUAUUUAUUAGCAAAUAAAAGUUACAGUACUGGUGGUUA